GGGGGCUAGUUUCAGAGAUCUCCAAUGGCAGAGCAACUUUUUCCAAGGAAGUCGGCGGACCAAGUGUGCACCUUCCUCUUCAAAAAGCCUGGGCGGAAAGGGGCUGCGGGACACAGGAGGCGCGGGCUCUGCGACGCGGGGUCCGAGGAAAGCGGCAGCAGCAGCGACAAAGACUGCACUGUGGUCCGACCGGAGAAGCGGAAGCGGGCGAGCCAUAAUCCGAUGAUCCAGAAGGCGCGUGGCAGCGGUAAACAGAAGGCCAACUAUAAUGUCUUGAGUAGCGAGGACCAGGAGAAGGAGGAGAGUCUCGGCAUGGUCUACAAGUCCACCCGCUCGGCGAAACCCGUGGGGCACGAGGAUAUGGGGGCGACAGCCGUCUCUAAGCUGGACACCUAGGAGGAGCGAGACGCACCAGCCAUCUUUGAGCGCAGCCAGAAGAUCCAAGAGGAGCUGAGGGGCAAGGAGGAUGAAAAGAUCUAUCGGGGAAUAAAUAAUUAUCAGAAAUACAUGAAGCCCAAGCAUACGUCCAAGGGCAACGCCUCCUCCGGGAUGCUGAGGAAGGGCCCCAUCCGAGCUCCCGAGAAUCUACGUGCCACCGUGCGCUGGGAUCACCAGCCCGACAUCUGUAAGGACUAUAAGGAGACUGGAUUCUGUGGCUUCGGAGACAGCUGCAAAUUUCUCCAUGACCGUUCAAAUUACAAGCACGGGUGGCAGAUCGAACGUGAGCUUAAUGAGGGUCGCUAUGGUGUCUAUGAGGACGAAAAUUACGAAAUGGGUAGCGAUGAUGAGGAAAUACCAUUCAAGUCUUUCAUCUGUCGCCAGACCGUCCAAAACCCAGUUGUCACCAAGUGCCGGCAUUAUUUCUGCGAGAGCUGUGCACUGCAGCAUUUCCGCACCACCCCGCGUUGCUCUGUCUGUGACCAGCAGACCAGUGGCGUCUUCAAUCUAGCGAAGGAAUUGAUUGCUAAAAACUGGGAAAGCUUAUAGCUGAAGCCAAGGGGGUACUUCAGAUUUCCCUGAAGACCCUGAUGAGACUCUAAUUCCCAUUACUUAGGUUUUUUUCAUAAUUCCCAAGUUUUGAAAUAAAUAUUCUGG